CACUGAGUUGAGGUUGAAGGAGGUAAUUCUGUGGUAAAGGAGGUUUGGAGUGGAGUCGCUUUAGGCAAAGCCAAAGGCCCACUUCUCUUUUUUCACUUUUUCCUCAACUCCAGAGACUCACCACCGCCAUUGAUCAUCUUCCAACGCCUUCCUGCAUUGUGAUUAUGGUUGACAGGAAACCAGUUAUAAUCAUUAUAAGUUCAGAUGAAGAUGAGGGUUCCGGCGAGACCAAGCCCGCCGUCUGGCGCAGACGAGGAAAUGAAAGUUGGGAAUCUUGGGAUAGCAGCGAUUACGACGACGACUGUGUGAUUUUGGAGCAGGACGACGACGACGACGACGACUGUGUGAUUUUGGAGGAGGAUCCCGACAAGCCGACGCGAGUAGUAAACGAAAAAGUGAGCGAUGAUUCCGAUGAUCUGGUUGUGGUUAGCGAAAAGGGUCAGGUUGCUUGUAGAGACUAUCCCCAUCCUCGGCAUCUUUGUGUUAAAUUUCCUUUUGCCACAACGCCACACGAAUCUCACUGUGACAAGUGCCAUUGUUAUGUUUGUGACGCACUUGCUCCUUGUCUAUACUGGACAAAGGACGAGGUUUUGCCCCACUGUGAUGCCACCGAUAAAAUGUGGAUUUGGAGACACCAAAGAGAGAACAGAAAGAAAAGUGAUGAGAAGGUUGAGCCAAACGAAUCUCUUCCUUUGCGUCCCCCAGUGUCCGAUUCUGUGACACAGAAUCAGGUGCCUCGUGACACAUUGCUCGCCUCUUCCUUGUCGAGGAACCAUGAAAUGCCAAAUAUUGCGCUGCAACCAGCAAGUCGUGAACAGCCUGGAGGUAGACAAAAUGGUGACCAGAGAAUGCCGGCUCUCGGGAAUCCCCAAAAACGUAGCCCUCAUCAUUUGCAGCACAAGAACACUAAUCCUACUUUAAGCUCCCACCACAUUGCUAGUGAGUUAAAUAACCUAAACCUUGGCCCUGCCGAUACUGAUCCUCCCUGUGUUCUUGAAUCAGUAACUCUCAACCAGUUCAUAGCCAUCCCUGCCACAAAUGCCUCUGUGUCUCAGCUAACCAACCUUUUAAACCAAAAUGACCGACCCAAUUCAAACUCCAAUUCGUCCAGAUACUAUCCUGUACCAACAAUUACAUCCACAGAUAUGAAUUCUCAAACUCUCUCUAAUCCCCAUCCAACCCUCAAAAACAGAACGAAAUGGAAGACACAGAGGCCAUGAGUUGCUCGGAAAUGGUCAAAGUUUAAUAGGAGGAUCAUUAUGAGUGUAGCUCUUGGUAAAUUUACCAAAGAUGAAAAGAUAUUAUGGGUUACUGACUGGUUAUGAGAGGGAACCAUUUCAUUUUUGUGGGCUGGACAGUCUAUUGCUCAUUCCUUGUGCCUAUUCCAGGUUUGUGGGUUGGUUCACAGGUAGAAAAUUUGUAACUUCUUCACAUAUAUAUAUAUAGAUUUCUAUUCUGGUGAGAACAAUUCUUUAGGUGUGGAUGUGAGGACAAAUUAUGGCUGUUGAUUAUGUUAGAUCUAAUGGUUAUUAUUUAUUUUGAUA